CCGUCUACGCGUUGCUGAGGCGUGCGAGAGCUCGUCAGGGUAAGGGUUGAGUCCUAAGAGGGACCUUGAAUUUACGAUGCUUCAUGGGCAAUAGAAAGCUCUCCCUCUUUCUAGAAGUAGUAAAUGCAAUUUUGCCUCAACUAUGACUCCGUCUCUUACGAGCAUGUCCACGUAAUACAAACGUGCGAGCCGAUUUUCAAGCACACAUCUUGUAUCAACCCACUCGUGUCAACGGUUGCUCAGCGUCUACCAGACGGAGCGCGUGCGCGAGGACCUCACGCGCAAGCGGUUUGGAGCCUGUGCGGGCCGAGCAGCCAACGAGCCCUUGUUCAAAGUCCUCCCAAGACUUGUCUAUGCAAAACGACCCGCGGGCCCCCAUCGAAGCUUCGCUUGCCGAGAAAGCUAAACUUAAAAAGCGCAACGAUAUCACGAUCAGGAAGACCGCACUCAAGCUGGCCAAGCUCGGCGGACAGAAGCCCGAGAUCGCCCUCGCCAAAGCUUCUCUCGAUCAACGACGGCGGAUUCUACACAAGCUGUUACUUAUGCACGAGCGGGAGGAAUACUUUGCCGGGGCAAACAGUCUCCGAGCCCAAGGUUUGACGUGUGCGGGAAGCAACGCGAACACAUGAUAAACGGAGCCUCACGCUUAUCACGGAAGGAUUGCCGCCCCCAUACGGUUCGUCAACAGAGCCUUUGUCUUACUAUUCCAGACCAUCCGUUGCUAUCUAAUCAUCAGGUAAUACUCGAUGUUCAUCUUCGAUUUCUUGCGUGGGCUAGGCUCCCGCCUGUCCCGA